GUGGGUCGUUUUGGCAGAAUUCCGCGGCUGUAGCUACAUCCCGGCCUCCUCAGAAGCUGCGACUGUCCGUAAGCUUAUUGUUGACAACGUCUCCCGCAGCCAUGAAAAUUGUAGCGCUCCUGGCGCUGCUGCGGCCGAGCUCUGCCCUCCAAAAGCCUGGAGCUGCGGGCGCCGCGGGCGCGGCGGCCCCCAAGCCCGGCGCCCCUGGAGGCUGGGGCCACCACGCCCCCGCCGCCGCGCCCGCCUCGCCAGAAACGCCGCCCUUCAUCGACCCGGACAUCGCGGCCAAGCUCGACGGCGUCUGGCAGGACGUCGACCUCACCGCGGACCAGGAGCUGCUCCUCGCGAGCACGGACUUCUGGUGCGACGCGGAAGAGCCCACUCCCGAGUGCGUCGACGAGGAGGAGUUCCUGAACGGCGGCGUGCCCAUCUUCGCGGAAGACGACGAGGGAGACGACCCCUGGUGCGACGUCACGGAAGAACUACCGUCAGACGACUGUAUUGACCUCCAGGAGUUCAACGCUGUCGAGCAAGAACCGGACUGGGGCUCCAUAGAUUCGCACGAGGCCGUGCCCUUGGUCAACGGCAAGCCGGAGCGGGAAGCCUUCGCGUUCGUCGACGAGCGGUCCUGCGUCGGCUGCAACUUAUGUGCCGCGAUCGCGCCGGCGACGUUCUACAUGGAGGAGGACCACGGCAUGGCUCGUAUUUAUCGACAGCACGGCGACGCGCCGGAAGUCAUCGACGAGGCGAAGGCCGCGUGUCCCGUCGGCUGCAUCAAAGAUAUUAACUUUGAUGGGCUCGUGAAGGCCGAGCAGGAGCGAAGGACGCAGGCCAUCAAUAACGCGGGGCGGCUGACGCAGCGCGCGGAAGGCAAGGCACCCAGAACGAUCUUGGAGGGCCUCGUGGACACGGACGAUCCGGAGUACAUCGCGCGGGAGAAAGCUAGAGAAUUGGAGAGGAUUCGAGAGGGGCUCAAGACCCUCGCGGGGUCGCGUCGAAGACUCGUGGAGCUCUGAGUAAUCUUCAUUUCAACAGA